AAAAUUGAAAGAGAGGUAACAAGAAGAAAUAAAAACGAACACAAUACUUCAGUGAAAGUGGCCCAAAGAGAGUGUGAGAGCUAAAUCUGAUCCCAAUGUCAAUUUGUUCAUCGUCUGAAUCUUCAUCUUCCUCAACUAAAUCAUGGAUCGUGCACGGCAUUGUGGCCGGAGCAGCCAUUGCUGUAGCCAUCGGAGCACGCGCUUAUCUGGGUCAAUCGAAGAAGUUGCGGAGUCGGGUUGUGGGCAUCAUACCCGCCCGUUUCGCUUCCUCUCGGUUCCAGGGCAAACCCCUCGUUAAUAUCCUCGGCAAGCCCAUGAUCCAGAGAACAUGGGAAAGAUCCAAAUUGGCAAACACAUUGGAUCACUUGGUUGUGGCAACGGAUGACGAAAAGAUUGCAGAAUGCUGCCGAGGAUUUGGCGCUGAUGUGAUAAUGACUUCAGAAUCUUGCCAAAAUGGUACUGAACGAUGCAAUGAAGCGCUAGAAAAACUUGAUAAGAAGUAUGAUAUUGUAGUCAAUAUUCAAGGGGAUGAGCCUCUUAUAGAACCAGAGAUAAUAGAUGGCAUUGUUAAAGCUCUGCAGCUGCAGGCAGCUCCAGAUGCAGUUUUUAGCACUGCUGUCACAUCUUUAAAACCUGAAGAUGCAUUUGAUCCAAAUCGAGUGAAAUGUGUGGUGGAUAAUCGUGGUUAUGCGAUUUAUUUUUCAAGGGGACUGAUUCCAUAUAACAAGUCAGGAAGGGUUAAUCCACAGUUUCCAUAUAUGCUUCAUCUUGGAAUUCAGAGCUAUGAUUCAAAGUUUCUGAAGAUAUAUCCACAGCUUCAACCUACCCCUCUUCAACUAGAAGAAGAUCUUGAACAGCUGAAAGUUCUUGAGAAUGGGUAUAAGAUGAAGGUGAUAAAGGUUGACCAUGAAGCCCAUGGUGUUGAUACUGCUGAAGAUGUUGAGAAAAUAGAAUCAUUUAUGCGUGAGAGAAACUUGUCUUAGUUUUCCACAGCAGAAUCAGAUCAUGAGGAAAGGAAUCCAGUUUGUAUUUUCUAGCAGAGAGCUUCUCCAUCUUGUAUUUUAGAUUGAUUUUAGUGGUGUGUUCUUU